AUGACCGUCGCACAAGAGCCAAUGGAUGAAUCGACGGUUCAAGAGACCACACCUCUGUUGCGACGGGAAGAGGCAAGUAAGAGAAAGCGGGGUAACUCAGUGCUGCAUCGUGCACUUCUCUCUGGCUUCAUGAUUUCCUUUUCUUUUGGCGUGACUCAAGUUCCCAUCGUCUAUGUUUUCCGGCUCAUGACAUGCGACGCCUACUACGAAAACCACCCAUUACCUGACUCGACACUCGACAAAUGCGCCAAACGAGAGAUUGAAGCGGGCACCGCACGUGCGCUGUCACUUCUGGGCGCUUCCACCACUAUCUUCGGCCUCGUCAACCUGCUCAUCACCGGAUGGUCUAUCAAGCGUUUCGGUGUGAAAGCGACGCUUCUGAUGCAAGUGUUCUGGCCCGCUGUCCGUCUCGCCGUUCAAAAUGUUGGUGUAACGACUGGCAGCACUGCGGGCAUGUGGAUCUUCCAGGCUUCGCAAAUCAUCACCGUUAUCGGCGGGCCAAAUGGCUACUUGCUGGCGUUGAAUUCGCUCGUCACGGACGUGGUGGAGCACGAAGCGAGGACGAGUGCACUGGGAAGGCUGCAGGGCUGUACCAUGAUCGGUUAUGCUUUUGCCGUUUUGCUUGGGGGAUUCUUAGGGGAAGCAUUUGGUAUCCUCGCACCGUUCCGUGUCACCCUGGCUCUCUUCCUCCUCUGCUGCCUAUACGUGGCCCUUGCACUUCCAUCGAUAAUGCCAGAGAAAAACAUCACAGCCGUCAGUAAAAAGACGGGACUCUCGCGUUUCUUUGGCCCGCUGCGUAUCCUCACCCCGCAGCGAUGGACCCUCCCAGACGGCCGCACAAGCUUGCAAUUCGGUGCACUGACUCUUGGUAUCGGUGUCUUCUUGGGCAUUCUGGCCACGGGCUACAUCCCUACACUCCUUCAAUUGUACUCCACUGACGAGUUCGGCUUCCGUACGUCCGCCAACGGGGCUUUGAUUUUCAUAUACUCGACUCUGCGAGGCUUGUUCCUCACUCUCGCGUUCCCCCGCAUCAUAUCCGCUGGACGGAAAUGGCUCCAGUCCAGCGAGAGCGCGCAAGGCAAGCUAGCAGAAACAGAGACCGGUUCUCAAGCGCAGGAUCCGCCGACAUCGCCCAAUGAAACAGACCUCAUGGACUCCAUGGACAACGAAACCGAGCCAUUGCAUCCGCCCGAACGCAGCAACAAGAAAGAAACUUUCGCCUUUGACCUUCUCUACGCGCGCUGGAGUCUCCUGGCCGACGGUAUCCUGACCGGCCUCGCCGUCUUCGUGUCCAAGGGCUGGCAGCUGUACCUCUUCGCUGCUGUGAUUCCUCUCGCUGCAGGCACAGGUGCAGCGUCCAAGGGCACCAUACUCCAGAUGCUGCCGAGUAGUGAGCGUGUCGAUGCACUGAGUGGAAUCACGCUUGUAGAGAACAUCGCCAGGCUUUCCACCAUCGCCGUCUUUGGACUCAUCUUUGCCGCGUUGGCGGAGGUCGGGAAGAGUUAUCUCGUUUUUGUAUGCAAUGCUGGGGUCGCUCUUCUGGGAUUCUGCGUCCUGCUUCUUUCGCGGUUUCCGCCGGAAGGGAGCACGAGAGUCGACGAUUAG